AUCGCAAUUACGGCGAAGUGACAUAUUAUUGCGUGCUACCUCGAUUAUGUUUCGCCUAGAUGAAGCUUAUUGCGAUUUCCUUUAUGUAGCAUUUAACCGCAGGCAUCCAUGUCGAUCGGUCACCCUUCGUGAUUAAAAUUCAAUGCAGCAACAAUUCAUGUAAACAGUAUUGAAGUUUACCCACUGUACAGAGAACGAAACGAGUUUUGGCCGAAAGAACGAAAUUUGAAAUGGCAGCGAGUGCACUCGAAGAGAAGAUUAACAAGAUAAGGCAACAAAAUGAAGAAAUUAGGAGGAGGUACGAGGAAGUGGAGGAAGAUAAGAAAAAGGCGGCUAAAUUGAAUGCGCUGGUGCAAAUGGUACCAUCUACAGAUUGGCCGGAGAGGAAGGAGCCACCAGAAUUUUCUAAUCCACCUAGAACAAGUAAUAAACCAAAAUCUGUCAAAGAACACCAUGAACAUUCUCAGUCAACAAAUGGUGAAGGACGAAAAAUUCAUACCUUUGCUCAGGGACAAGGGCCUCCACCUGAUCCUAAAUAUAACUUUCUUGCUGAUGCUGAGAGAGAGGAAGGUGAAAAAGAGAGUACGAAGGAUAACUCAAAUAAAGGACAAAAAUAUUCAAGAGGCAUAUUUAAGAAAAAACCAGGAGGAAAAGAUGCAAUGCAAAGAGAUUGCAGAACGAAUAGAGGAUCACACAGGGAUGAGCAUCAGCCAGAAUACGAAGCUUGGAGAGCUGAGAGAAAUCGUAUCGAUGAGGAUCGCAUUAGCAGACAGAGAACUGCAGAGGGUAAUUGGCGUAGAGAAUGGGAUAAUAACAAGGCGCACAUUGUGGAUGAAAUGGCGAGAACUGAAACUAAAUUAGGGGAUAAUAUAAAAAAGGACUUCAAAGAUUUUGAUAAAAGAUAUCAUGUUAAUGGAAAUGAUCAUGUAAGCUAUAAUCGCGGUAGUCAUCGUUCCUAUCGGGGAAAUUCGAGACAUUUUCAUAAUAAUUAUGAAAAUAAUUCUAACAGCACGCAUCAUCAGGUUGGGCAUAUUAAAAAUCCUUCUGGUUCCGAAAAGAGAACUGUUGUUGCUACCGACAAAAGCAUAAAAAUUACGUUAAAUCAAGGAAAUAUGGCAAAAGGUCCAGUCAUGAGUGUCAAAGUAAAUUCACCAAGUAUUGCUGGAACAGGACGAGUCGGCCCGCGACAAAGAAGUCGCCUAACAUACAGCAGUCAUUCGGAUAUUGAAAUAACUUCCCCUGAUACUGAAUCCUUUUCACGUCCAAAGUCGUAUGAAGAUAGACCUAAAGGUAUCUAUUAUGAAAAUUUGCACAAAUCCUCGAAUUCUCGAAAGCCACAACUUUCACCAAAGAAAAAGGACUUCAGUAAUAAAUCUCCUUACUUUCGUAAGAAGGAAAUUAGAAGAGAAGAUGAUAGUCUUCAGAAAUAUCAUGAAAUAGAAUCACCUCGGAAAGACUAUAAAGAAUUACAAAAGUUUUGUCAAUCUAAAUUUCAAAAGCAUGAGGAAAACACUGCAAAGCCAUUACAAGAUAUAACGACAAUAGAUGAAAAAGAAAGCAAUAUAAUUUUUUCUAGAGAAUCUGAUAUGAAUAAUAUAGAAAUAAAUAAUAUGGAUAAUCAGAAUUAUGGCAAUUUAAACUCACACAUAAAUGAAGGACGUGAAGGUUAUACAGCCAAGGAAGAUAAAGCUGAUUUACAAAACUUAGAUUUACCUGCGUUUGAGAUUGAUACAGAGAUUGAAACAUGUGAAAAAAAUGGAAAGAGGGAAGAUAAAUUGGAUGAGAUGCAAAAUGUUCAAGUAAUUGUGACAUUCGAAUGUGAAAAUACUAAAACAAAGUUAGCUAUAUCGUCACUAGAAAAUAAUAAUGAUGAAAAUGAAAUUCAAUAUGUGGAAAACUCGUCAUGUGAUGCUAAUAAUACUAAGGAACCUAUAAUGAAAGAUAAAGAUUCAGAACGAACUAAAGAAAUCUUAAAAGAUAACUGUGAUACUAAACAAAUUAAAGAUAUGAAUGAGCAAGAAAACGGCACCAAACACGAUGCAGAAAGUUCUCUAGAAGAAAGAGAAGUAAACAGUAUUAUCAUUUUAUCUUCAACUGAUAUUGAUUAUACAGAAAAACAGAGUGAUAAAUUAAAAAGUGACGACAAAACCUCAAAGGGAAAAGUAAUUUUAGCCAUAGAAGAUGAAGUUGCCACAGAUGAAAAAAUUAACACUGGUUAUAAACAGGAUACAACAAAAUGUAUUAAUGAAACUCAAAAAUGCACAGAUAAUAAAGAAAAAGAGAAUACUGUUGCAAAUAGCAUUGUAGUUGAUAAGAUAGAAUCUUUAAAAGAAAAUUUACACAUAGAAGAAAAGGCAACUUCAAAUGACCAAAAUUGAAAGAUAAUAAAGAGAAAUACGAAAUAAAAAAAGUACGAAAUGUUAC